AUGUUCGCCUCCACUGCAAUGAACCACAACAUCCCAUCAUGCCCUCCCCUAGAACAAAGGUCCUACUCGGCUAGCAGCGAAGACUCGAUGCAAUCGUCUUUCGGAUAUUUCGAUAGUACCAUGUACACCAUGGCAACGGCCGAACUGCCCCUCACCCAGCCCUCCUUCGAGCCAUCCUCAUACGACUCAUCCUCCUUCGGAUCAUCCGUCACUUCGUCACCGUACAACGCUUACUAUAACUUCACUCCUUCUCUCAUGUACUCACCGGAAGCGUACACAUUCCUAUCAACACAAACGCCUCCCAUCGCAGUACCCAGCGGGGAGUGGGUUGCUCCCCAAUCCACUACUCCCGUAAACGAGGUCGUAUAUUCUCCGGAGGAGAUGUGCGACACGCUAGACAACACCAAACCCGUCAAACCAUUUUCGUGCCGAGACUGCGGCAAGGCCUUCACCCGUCCAGCUGAUCUGAAACGGCAUCACACCAGCGUCCACAACCCCGUGUUUCAGGACUGUCCAGUGCAGGAGUGCCUGCGCAAGGACGGCAAUGGGUUUCCUCGACGCGACCAUCUGAUCGAACAUCUGCGCUCCUUUCAUCACUGGGAUGUCCCUAAGCGCCGAACGACCAAGCGGUCGCGAACUGCUUAG